GGAAGAGAGGUGUCAUUAUUGAAGGUAUCGAUAUCAGGCCAAAUUAGCAGAACAUGACAACAUCUUCUUCCACCCUGUGUAUUUUGUGUGGUAAAACAUUGCUCCUCGUGUUAAAUUGCGAUUUUCAUGCACUAGUCUUCAUAAAUGUAUGAGUUCUACUGUUAUCUAGAUUUGGAACAAUAUAUGCUAAUCUAUAGAGUUAAUUACUAGUUUUAUAAAGUUAAUUACUAGUUUUGAUUUGAUCUAGGGAAGAACACUUUUAGGACCUACUUAAGUCCAUAAGAAAGAGCAUUUCAAGAAUACUUAUUUUUUUGAAUUCAGAACACAGGAAGAGUUGUAUAUGUCUAAAAUCCAAUAAUUGAAAAAAUAUGUCAUCAUCUGGAUAGAAUUCAACUGUUGCAUCUUCGCAACCUUCAAGAACUAAAAUAGAUGCAGCAUGGGAGCAUUGUGUUGAUGUUAUAGAAGGCGCAAAAAAAUCAAUUAAAUGUCUGCACUACUGAAAGACAUUUAGAGGAGGAGGCAUUAAUAGAAUGAAACAACACCUUGCUGGAAAAGGAGAUGUCAAAAAGUGUGAUAAGGUGCUAGUUGAUGUUCGUUAUCGGAUGCAAUAAAGUUUGAGGGAAAUUGAAGAAAGUAGGAAGCAGGCAAAACAUGUAUGGGAAGAUAAUCCAUUUGGACAUUCUGAUGGAGAUGCAUUGGACUUGCAAGAGAUUCUAAAUCCUUCUUCGGCUCCACAAUCUCAAGUUAAAAGGAAGUGGUUAGAAAUUUCAACAAAUAGGGAUAGAAAAAUGAAGGCAAGUGGGAUACAAAAUUAUUUUGCCCCAAGAACCACUCCUAGAGCUCAGCCAUCAAUUAGAAGUGCCUUGGCAGGUAAAGAUGCUUUCCAUGAAGCUGAUUUGGCCAUUGCAAGAGAAUUGGUUGAGCUUGUGGGUGCUAAUAAUGUUGUGCACUUAGUGACUGCUAAUGCAGCCAAUUAUAAAAAGGUUGAGAGAUUGUUAAAUGACAUUUAUCAUACAAUCUUUUGGUUUCCUUGUGCUGCACAUUAUUUGAACUUGAUGUUGAGUGAUAUUGGGAAGUUGGAGGUUGUUAGUAAUCUUGCAAGUCGUGCAUCUUUGCUAUCCAAAUUUAUAUACAAUCAUCCUUUCUUGUUGGCUUGGCUUCGAAAAAGGGAAGGAUGGACAGAAAUUAUACUUCCUGGGCCAACAUGUUUUGCAACAACAUUCAUUGCAUUGAAAAGCAUUCAUGAGCAUAGGCAUGACUUACAAGCAUUGGUGACUAGUCUAGAAUUUAAAAAGUCUAGAUACUACAAAGAUCAUAAGGCAAAUGAUGUUGUGGCUGUUGUUCUAGAUAAAAAAUUUUGGAAUAAUUGUGAACUUCUUGUGAAAAUUAUGGGACCACUUAUUCACUUUCUUAGAAUUGAGGAUGGUAAUGAGAGGCCUUCACUUGGAUAUGUCUAUGAUGGCGUGUAUAGAGCUAGAAAGGCUAUUAAGACGAUAUCGAUGAAUAAGAAGUCUUUUGUAUAAGCCGUAUACAAGAAUUAUCAAGGAAAGGUGAGAUAGACAACUUUGUCAAAAUCUUUAUGCUACUACCUAUUACUUAAAUCCUACUUUUUGUCUAUGAUAAAGAGAAUUUUUCAAU